GUUAGGAACUCCCUGCUAAGUAGAUCGCGAAAACAUGCUGAGGAGUAUUGCUUUUAUCGGUUUAAUAGCGCUUCUGCAAAGUUGCUGGGCGGAAACGCCGGAAUCGUAUCUUCUGAAAACCCAUAGUCCGCCCUCGGACCUGAAUUUUAUGCCCACCCUGGGCAAUGGCCACGUGGGAUACACGGUCUUCGGAGAUGCGAUCUUCAUGAACGGAGUCUACAACGGAGCCGGCGGAAACAGCAAGCGGGCUCGCAUUCCCAACUGGAUGAAUAUCAGCACGGAAGCUUGUGAUCGCUUCGGUUGUGCCACUGGCAGCGAUGUGGUAAAUGGAACCAGCUACGAGAUGGAUCUCCGAGAUGGCUGCUUCCGCGUUCUCACAACGUACAGAAGUCUAGGGAUUUCCGUGGAACAGAGAACCUAUCCGCACAAGUUCUACAAUCGUGCGCUGGUCUAUGAAGUGGUGGCUAAUAGACUUGCCAACCGAAACUCAAGGAUUAACUCUCCGAAGUACCUGAGGCUCACCCAGUUCGCCGGUAACUCCAGUGAUGCUUUUGACUUCGUCGUUGUCAACAAUGGCAGUUCAUCCAGCGGGGAUUACCGCACACUGCGAGGACGAACAAAGGUGGUCGAGAACGAGAAGUUCCAACCAGAUCCUCAGGAGAUCUUUGUUCUAUUCAGUGAAUCCUUGGAGCAACCCCUCGAACUGCAGUGGCCCACCUGGCAGGAUCAAUUGAGCCAUAGAGUUAUCCUUACCAUAGACAGAGAUGAAAGUGUAGCACGAAAGGAACUGCAGGAUGUGCUUCAGCUGAGCUCCAGAAAUCUUCUCCAGAAUCACACCCAGGCGUGGAACAGUUUUUGGGACAAUGAAUUUUCCAUUGAAAUCAAGGGUGAUGCUCUGGAACUGUCGCAGAUUGUGAAUGCUGGUAUAUUCUAUAUCGUAAGUUCGCUUCCGUCACUCAAAAGCAACCAGAAAAACGAACCCUUCUUUGGACUAAGUCCUACUGGCUUGGGGCGUGGUGAUCUGGAGUCGGAUUACCAGGGGCACAACUUCUGGGACACGGAGAUCUGGAUGCUGCCCGUAGUCACUCUAUUCGGCUUGGAUUAUGCAAAGGAGCUGCUGGGCUAUCGCAGCAGAAAGCUGGAGGCGGCUAAGUACCAUGCCAAUGCCACUGGUUACAAGGGAGCUAGAUUUCCCUGGGAGAGUGCGUACACUGGAGCAGAGGUCACCAAUCCCUGUUGUCCCGAGGUGGCCGAGCAGGAGAUUCAUAUAUCCCCCGAUAUAUCCUUUGCCCUGCAGAGAUUUUUCGCCCAAUCAAACGAUAGCGAGUGGACCUGUGAGACGGCAUGGCCCAUAACCGCUGAAGUGGCCGAUUUCCUGGUGAGCCGGGCCACCUGCGAUGAUUCCUCAAGCACAUGCCACUUGCUGAACGUAAUGGGGCCCGAUGAGGAUCAUCCGAAUGUUAACGAUAAUGUGUACACCAAUGCGGUGGCAAAAAUAGCACUGAAUUUCGCCGAGUGGUUGGCCAAACAUUGUGGUAAUGCCAGCACCGAGCGCACUGAAAAAUGGCGCGUAGUCAGCGAUGGUUUGGUGAUUCUACACGAUGAGGGCCUAAACUAUCAUCCCGAGUAUGAGGGCUAUGUGCGGAACACUAUUAUCAAGCAGGCAGACGCCAUUCUACUCGGAUAUCCUUUGAACUUCGAUACAAGCUCCGCACACAUUAAUGAUCUUCGGUUUUACGCAAACGUGACCCGUGAAUCAGGUCCUGCAAUGACGUGGUCCAUGUUCGCAGCCAAUUAUAUCCGAAACUACCAGCUUACCCUGGCGAAUGAGUAUUUCGAGCGUGGCUACAGGAGCUACGUUCGACCCGAGUUUAAGGUGUGGAGUGAAACCCCCAUGGGUUACGAUGGGUCGGCGAACUUCCUCACCGGCAUUGGUGGUUUCCUGCAAGCUCUGAUCUUCGGCUACGGUGGCGUGGAUUUCGGGCGAACUGGCGACGACCAGUUUUUGAUGAUUUUGGGUGUAUCUCUGACGCCGCCAAAUGUUGAGGAAGUCUUUAUCAACUCUAUUCCAUACGGGAAAGCAAAGUGUACCCUUAGAUUCAAAAGCAGGUCCUCUGAAAUUGGGUGUUAUGACAGGAUUGGUAAGGGCUUUCAGAUGGCUCAAGGCCCGAAGAGGACAAUUCUUGGCAGAUCCUUUAACUUGACCCGUCGGAAUGAAGAUCCUCCCAUCGAGAUCAGCCUUUUAAGAUGAAUCCAAAGUGUAUUUGAAUAAAUAUGAAGAGAAUUACAU